AUGGAUGACCUUGAGUCCCUCGAACUCUUAUCUCUCGUUUCGAGAGUAACAACCGAGCUCCAAAAUCACUUGGGGGUCAACGAAAAGACUCUGGCGGAGUUCGUGAUUGAUCAGCAUUUACAAUGCAAAUCCCUCGACGAGUUCAAGAGCUCUCUGAAGGCUGUUGGAGCAGAAUUUCCGCAAAGUCUGGUGGAAAGUGUGGAUCGCCUGGUGUUAACAAUGCAUCCUAAAUACAAGUCUAAGCGAGCCAAACCGGACGAACCAGAAAAGCAGCAGAACGGACGUGAUGAAGGGCUUGACGACAUCGAGAGGAAAGCGAGAGUGUUCAAAGGGCUUGCAGUCCCUGAUGAUAAAGUUCCCAAUUGGGCCGGGGAGGAACCCAAUACCGGGCCGGAAGAUAGCACAAAUGCAGGGGCUAUGGAUGACACCUUUGCGAUGCUUGAAGGGUUAGCUGGAAAGGCAAAGGCAGAGAAAAACGGAUAUUUAGGUAGCAGGAAACGGAACAGGAGCCCUGAGACCGAUGAUUACGAUAGAGGCCGCUCUCAACGUGGGAAUUACAGGUCCAUAUCUAGGUCGAGGUCACGAUCACUCAGCAAGGACAGGUAUGGUGGUAAAUAUUCCCACAGGAGCCGCAGACACAUGGAUGAAUAUAGGGAGAGAGGACGAUCUGGGCGCACUUAUAAUGAUGAUGAUGAUGACUUCAGAAGAGCUCCUGUCCCAGAACUUGACGACCGACCUAUUCUCUUUAAAAUAUAUGAAGGGCGAGUAACCGGAAUUAAAGAUUUCGGAUUUGGCCCACAACGGCGGAUUGCGUCAGGAGCAAAUAUGGAACGGCUAGAUGGAACCGGCGCAGAUGAUCGAUAUGGAAACUUGGGCUCUAGUGUUCCUGUUAUAGAACAUGACUCGGGAGCUAGGAAAAACAGGAAAUGGUUGAAUUCUCCAGAGAGGUGGGAAAUUAAGCAACUAAUUGCUUCUGGUGCGGUGUCUGCCGCAGAUUACCCCGAUCUAGAUGAGGAAUAUCACGCUACACUCAGAGGAGAGGGAGAUUUUGAAGAGGAGGAAGAUGUUGAUAUUGAAGUUCGGGAGGAGGAACCCCCAUUUUUAGCAGGUCAGACGAAGCAAUCUUUGGAACUUUCACCAAUCCGUGUUGUUCGAGCUCCAGAUGGCUCGCUUAACCGUGCGGCUAUGGCUGGAGCAAACCUGGCGAAGGAAAGGAGAGAAAUUAGACAGCAAGAGGCCCAAGACAAGGCCGCCGAAAAGGCAGCUCAAGUCGAUCUCAAUGCACAAUGGCAAGAUCCAAUGGUUGCUCCAGACCAGAGAAAAUUUGCAUCUGAAUUGCGCAACGCCACUACCGAAAAGUCUUCAGAGCCAUUGCCGGAGUGGAAACGAGCAGCACAGAACAAGGAUGUAUCAUACGGAAAACGGACAAAUCUUUCAAUGAAAGAACAACGUGAAAGUCUUCCUGUGUACAAGUUCCGUAAGCAACUGCUUGAAGCUGUGCGGGAAAAUCAACUACUCAUUGUCGUGGGUGACACUGGAUCUGGGAAAACAACGCAAGUCACCCAAUAUUUAGCUGAAGGUGGGUUUGCGAAUAACGGCAUGAUCGGAUGUACGCAACCUCGACGAGUUGCCGCAGUAUCUGUUGCCAAGCGAGUAUCUGAAGAGGUGGGCUGUCAAUUAGGCCAGGAGGUUGGCUAUACCAUUCGUUUCGAAGAUUGCUCUAGCCCAAAUACGAAAAUUAAAUAUAUGACGGAUGGUAUUCUUCAAAGAGAAAUCCUUUUGGACCCCGAUCUGAAGAAAUACUCAGCGAUCAUGCUUGACGAAGCCCACGAAAGGACCAUAGCCACCGACAUACUCUUUGGAUUGCUGAAGAAGACUAUUAAGCGGAGACCCGAUCUUAAACUCAUUGUCACGUCUGCCACUCUGGAUGCAGAUAAAUUCUCUGAAUAUUUCAACGGCUGUCCUAUAUUUUCUAUACCGGGAAGGACAUACCCUGUGGAAAUUAUGUAUUCAAAGGAGCCCGAAUCCGACUAUCUAGAUGCAGCGUUGGUUACAGUGAUGCAAAUACACCUUACAGAGCCAGCCGGGGACAUACUUUUGUUUUUGACGGGCAAGGAGGAAAUCGAUACCAGCGCAGAAUAUUGUACGAACGGAUGA